GAAAGUUGUUAAGAGUUUAAAAAACGAUCAAGAAAUUUGGGAUUUAAAAUUGGAAUUUAGGAAAUUUAAGGUUUAAGUGCUAAAUCCCAUUUUACCCCACAGAACUAUAUAUAAAUAUACAAAGCGUUUGAUCGCGAACAAAGACAUCACCACAACAUAGCGAAUGACUGUGAAACUGUAUCCUGGAUUACUCAUAGCUUAACAAGGAUCUACAUUUGACUUCCUUUAAUACAAAGUUACUUUAACACUUCCCUGAGCGCUUGUGUUGUGAAGCUAACAAGGCAGCAUGGCUGAUGACGUCACUGAUUUAAAAAGUUCUGGAUUCGAAACAACAACGACGACGAUGGUUUGGAAUUCGACUGAUAUUGAAAACAUGGGGAAUAUAAACGUUGGCUGUCAGUUGAAACUUGGCACUACAAAGAGCGCGGUCGUUGUGCCAAUGACAACUUUUGCUUUGGGUGUCAUGAGCAACUCAUUAGCGAUUGUUACUCUGCUUUGUUUUUUGUUCCGAGCGCCAAAGAAGCGUGACGAAGUGACGUCACACCAGUCGAAUACGUCACGAGGGGCUCAACAGCAUCUAAUGGUCCCCAGUAAUACCGAGGCGAGAAGACAUUCGACUCCGGUCCACGGAGCUACUGUUAAAAGGAAGUCUAGGAAAGUCAAGUUUGGUCCUUUCCACACCCUUGUGCUUACACUAGCCGUACUGGAUCUUGCCGGCACUCUGUUCACAUCACCGAUCACUUUUAUCUUGUACUUCAACGAAUCACAUAUCCUCUGUCAGGGAGGGACACCGCUAUGUAACUACAGCGCGUUCGCCAUGAUGUUCUUUGGCUUCACUACAAUGGCGAUGGUAAUGACGAUGUCGAUUGAACGGCUGAUGAGCAUCAGACACGCUUAUUACUACCAUAGGAAAGCUACAGCUACAAAGGCGCUGCUGGUGGUCCUUGCAAUUUUCAUUUUCUCAGCUCUACUUUGCGCGAUGCCAACUCUAGGCUUUGGUAAAGUUCGACCAAUGUUCCCAUACUCUUGGUGUUUUGCCGACUGGAACGCCCAAGCGCCAAAAGACAAGGCUUUUAAUUUUCUAUACGUCAGUCUCGGCGUAACAAUGCUAUUUGUGACGCUCGUCUGUAAUGCCAGAGUGAUAAAAGGUCUCGUGGAAAUGAAGAAAAGCUCCAAAUGGAAUCGUAAAUCACGUCGCAGGACUGUGAGUCGUGAAACGCAGAUGAUCAUACAGUUGCUUGUUAUAACACUGAUAUUCGUAGUCUGUUGGUUGCCACUAAUGUUCCGCAUAUUUUUCAAUCAGCUUGGGAUUAACCUUUCUAGUAAAAGGGAUCUAGUGGCGAUUUGGCUUGUUGCUGUUAACCCUAUACUUGAUCCGUGGGUUUAUAUUCUGUUCCGAAAGUCAGUCGCUCGAUGCGUUCUUCGACUUGCCAAAACCAUUGUGUGUUUCGAAUACAGGGACUGGUGCCUUAAAAUUUCGCCCGCGCGGUGGCGCAAAGACGAGGUCGAGACAAUAACUGUUGCGGGGAAAGAAUUUGAAUUGAAAGAUUUUAACAUCUAGUCUUGGCCUACGCAACGUAUCGAGUUGGUCAUGCUGUAGUGCAAGACUGUCUAAACUGGCCCAUGUUUACACUGUGACGUUUUAUUAUAUUUGUUCCUGCGAAUUGCAAUAGCGCAGUUUUUAUUUUAUUUUUGAGUUUAUUUUAAUUUUCGUUUAUUAAUAACGUUAACAUGGUCGGCCAAGCAGCAUUAUAAAGAUUACUACCAUCAUGGGCGUAUAUUUUCGCGUCAGUAUUUUCACGGACGGUACUUCGUCCCUGUUAAGUUCAAUUUGAUGUUACUUUUUGCACAACAUGCUUCGCCCCAUCCAUACGUUAUUGCAGAUUAAAAUAAAUAAUGCAUGCGCAUAGUAUGUCGCUGCAACGAAGGUUCAA